GCACGUAUCGAGCUGUGAUGGCGUAGCGUGAAUUACUUACAACAUCCAAGUCUUACAGAAAUACCUCUCUCUCUCUCUCUCUCUCUCUCUCAUGGCGGAUGCAAAGCUCUCUAAUGGCGGCCUCCAUAGCCACAACAGGGCGCCCAGCAAGGAGAUCAGGCGACGCAGUUUGUUGCUGAUCAGAGCAACAUCAGCUACGCGGCUACUCCUGCUGCUGCUGGCCCUCCACAUGAGUUGCACCAUCUUCCGCUUCGCCAUCCCUCUCUACCUAUCGCCGGACCGGCGGUUCUUGCCAUGCACCAUGGCCGGAAAUCCCGCCCUCCACAGUCAGGGGGAGGCAGCGCCUUCCAAGAGUAAAAGAGGCAUGGCGUCGUUGGUGCAUAAGAAGGAAAGGGAGGAAACGGAAGAAGGAGGAGAAAAGGAUGAUGGUGGUGAAUUUUGGAGGCAGCCGGACGGGUUGGGCUUCCGGCCGUGCCUGAACUUCAGCGAGGAGUAUAGAAGGUCGUCCCGGAGGAUGAUGGAGGUCGGUGGCGGGGAGGAGGCCACCAUGAGGCGGAGGUUCCUCAUGGUGGUCGUCUCCGGCGGGCUCAACCAGCAGAGGAACCAGAUCGUCGACGCCGUCGUCAUCGCCAGGAUCCUCGAGGCGGCUCUCGUCAUUCCGAUCCUUCAAGUGAAUGCCAUCUGGGGUGACGAAAGCGAGUUUGCGGACAUAUUCGACGAGGUGAGGUUCAAGAAGGAGCUCAAGGAUGAUGUCCGUGUCGUGUCCUCCUUACCGCCCAACUUCCUAACUGCACGUCCCAGUGCCGACUCUAUUCGCCAAUUUGACAUCGACGAACAGUGGAUUCUAUCUCACUUCCUAGGACGUAUGAAAAGGAAUCGCGUCCUGCUUCUCCGUGGACUUGACUCGAGACUAUCAAAAGAUCUUGGGCCUGACCUCCAAAAGCUUCGCUGCAAGGUGGCAUUCAGUGCCUUGCAAUUUAGGCCUGCCAUCCAAGCAGUAGGCAACGCCCUGGCUGCUAGAAUGGCAGAGAAGGGCCCAUACUUGGCCCUCCACCUGCGGCUGGAGAAGGAUGUGUGGGUUCGAACUGGGUGCUUGCCGGGCCUAGGCGCCGAGGCUGAUCGAGUCAUUCACCAGGAGCGUACCAGAAAACCUCGCCUCCUUACCUCCCGCAUUGAUAUGCUUCCACACCAACGCUACCUCGCCGGCCUUUGCCCCCUGAGAGCCACCGAGAUCGUAAGGCUGCUAAAGGCUCUCGGAGCAUCUGCUAGCACAAGAAUCUAUCUCGCCGGCGGACAGCCUUUCGGCGGUGAAGAAGCUGUUCGGCCACUUCUUUCGGAGUUCCCCAAAUUGUACAACAAGACGAGCUUGGCGAUGGCGGGUGAGAUCGAGCAGUUCGAGCAUCAACCAUCAGUCAUGGCGGCCUUGGACUACAUUGUAUGUCUGAAGAGCCAGGUCUUCAUGGCCAACCACGGCGGGAACAUGCAAAGAGCAAUGCAGGGGCACCGUGCGUACUUGGGGCACCGGAAGCACAUCACACCACAGAAGAAGGGCCUGGUGCAGCUAUUCAUGGGCAAUUACACCAGCACCACGGAUGAGCAAGAGGUGCAUGAUGUGAUAAGGAAGAUGCAUGAAGACUCAGUUGGGGCACCCAGCAACAGGACAGACAGGAAAGGAAGGGAUGUGAUUGCUUAUCCUGUCCCUGAAUGCAUGUGCAGAUGAUACACAAGAAGGCACGAAACAAAGAACCUUUUUCUCUCCUACUGAGGAUGCAAAAUGCAAACAGUUCGGAUCUGGUGCACGAGUAGCGUCCGAUCCCGAGUCGUGCCAGAUUGAACCAUUUGUGUUCUUAUCCCUAGCAUAUAAUAAUGCAGUGCAGAAGGGGACAAGAUGUGGUAGGCUAAUUGUACAAAGAGAUUUUUUAUUCACAAGGUUGGAGGCAUAUCAUGCACAUUUUCUUUCAUGAUUCAUUAUUUAUGUUGUAAUACGUUUAAUUGCUUGUAAGUAAAUUAUAAAGUGGGAGAAUUACUGUAAAAGUUUGUAACUUGAUAAAGAUGUAUGAACAAUACCAGAUUCUCUUG